AUGUUUUACGAAGGUGAACAGGGUAAAGAUUAUCCCGAAUUUGGAAAUUGGCCUCAUGGAUGGACACCUAUUCCUGUGCACACACUACCAGGAGCAGAGGACCAUGCUGGCAACGUUUUUGCGCCAUGUCCUCGCGCAGAGCAGUUGGAUGAAGAGUUGAGAAAAAGUGAAGAAUAUCGAAAGUUGGAGGCCGACAAUAAGGAAUUCCUUGAUUUUCUUUCUGAGAAGACUGGAAUGAAAGUUACAUUGAGCAAUAUCUAUCUGGUCCAUGAUGCGCAUCACAUUGAAGUAAGUUUGUAAUA